AUGGACGAAGAAGAAUGCAAAGAAACUGUUCAAGAGCUGAAAACGUGGCUUGAGAAAACUGAUUCAGACAGCCCGGCAAGUGAGUAUAGGAAACACCUGAAUUCGCAUGCUCGAGGUACGGGGGAGUGGAUUUUGGAAACGCCUCAGUAUAAGCAAUGGAGCCAGAUUGCCGCAGUGAGAAAUAUCUGGAUUCGAGGAAUCCCAGGCUGUGGAAAGUCUGUGGUCGCAGCGAGUUUGAUCAGUCGGCUACGACGACGGGGUGAUGGGAUCGUGCUGUUUUUCUUUUUCAGGGAAAUCAUACAAACAAAUCGCAGUCCUCGUUCUUUGAUACAAGACUUCUGCCAUGAGCUUGUCGAUUAUUCGCCUCCUCUUGUGGCAUCCCUAAAGAAGCUUAUGCAAAAACACUACACGGUAGCCUCUGUCCCAUUCGAGAAUCUUUGGAAGAGUUUCAUCACCUGCUUGGGAUCGAUUAAGCAGCCGGUUUUCUGUGUCGUCGAUGCGUUGGAUGAGAUGAAGCGAGGAAAGGAGUCUGACCAGUUUCUUGAUGAUUUUCUCAAUCGCAAAACCCCAGAUACAGUUAAAGUCCUUCUUACUAGUCGCCAAGUUCCCCACGUCGAGCGACAUAUGAAUGGUGCUUGCCUUGUUGAUCUGCGCCUUGAUCGGCGGAACGUUGAUAGAGAUAUUGCAGUCUAUCUCACACAGAGAUUAGAGGACUCACAGCUGGGCAUUCCUCUAGAGACGGCGGAGGUACUUAAAAAAGCCAUUUGCGACCGUGGCAAAGGACUUUUCCUCUAUGCUAGGCUCAUGUUCGACAAGUUGCUUCUCCACCCAGAUGAUAUUUCAUCUCAGAUUGAUGCUCUUCCAGACGGACUAGGAGAUAUGUACAGUGAUAUAUUACAUGAACAUGCAUCCCGGUCAGGAACGAGUUCAGACUUCCAACGGCUUAUUCUCGAAUGGGUCAUACACUCCUCACGCCCUAUGCGACUUCUUGAACUUGCCGUUAUGGUUGAUUCUCUGCCCAAUCGCGGUGGUCUGGACCCCAGCAUAGCUGCUAAAAUGGGUAUCCGCACAACAUGUGGACCUUUACUAGAAGAUUGUGACGAUGGGGUUGUUCAAAUUAUACACCAUUCCCUCACAGAAUUUGCCCUUAAUCGCGAUGUCGCCCACACACAAAUGAGUCACCAGAAGCGGGAUUUUGCGGCCCUUGACUCCCCCUCUGUACAUGCAAUGAUUGCGCGGACAUGUCUUCAGUAUUUGAAGAAUGCUACGCCGAAAGAACGUAUACCUCUUACAGACCUUGAGUAUGGGAGAGUGAAAACCGAGAAAAGAGCAGAGAUAUACUUGGAGAGUUACUUUCUUCAGUAUUCUGUCAGCGAGUGGCUCUUCCAUGCCGCUAAUGCGCCUGAGUCUGAUGACAACUUGUUCAACGCCAUAAUUGAAUUUUUUCAGCCUGAAAACCCCACUUUCGAGUUUUGGGAGAGGUUGUGGCGUUACGACUGCGAAUGCUCAUACGAAAGGCCAUACCGCAAAGAUAAAGAACUCAUCCCCCCUCUAUUUAUUGCGACACACUACGGAAUGAAGCGCCUCGCUUGCCAUUUUCUGCAAAAUGGAACAAGCCCCGACAUUUGCGAUACCUUCAAUUUAACACCGCUUUUGUACGCGAUACAGAGGGGCCACGAUGAUAUGGUUAGGUUGCUGCUUCAGCACCAGGCGCGCCAUGAUAUCGGAUCUAAUGAUGGAAUGCCUGUACAUGUUGCGACAGAAUACAACAAUGUCAAGGUAUUGCAGAGUCUCAUUGCUUUUGGAGCGGACUUAACAACCAAUAAGAAGAAAGACUCUUCUGGGGGUAAAUACAGAUACUAUGGUGAAUCGUACGAAGCACCGAAAAUCCAAGAAACCCCCUUCCUGAUUGCAUGCAGGUUGGGGCAUAUCGAGACUCUGGUCUUAUUAAUGAGCUACUGCCAAAAAUCUCAUCUUUUACAAGGCCUCCACACCGCCGUUCUAGGGGGACAAUUGAAGGCAGUAGAAGCUUUGUUACAGAGUCCAGAUGUUCGAGAUGAGAUCAAUCAUCGGGAUUCUGAUGGUAACACUGCUCUCUAUACUGCGUCUAAAAAGCGCCGAUCUGAUACUGUCAAGUGCCUACUAAACCAUGGUGCGGAUGCCAAUGUACUCUCAAUGAACUUGAACACUUAUCCCGAGCCACGUUCUUCUUCGCUUGGUCUGUCCAAGUCCAAAAUUCCGCCAAGCUACACACCUUUGCACGGGUGGGCUAUAGGGCCUAGCCAUCUCCUCACUUCCACAUUCGAUUCAUAUGAAGUGAAUAGGAAGGAAACCAAGAAGAAAUAUCGCAUCGGGAAUGACGUUCUAGAUGUUUUUCUCGCCGCAGGCUGUGAUAUAAAUGCAACUGAUCACCUGGGGCGAUCUGCUCUGUUUUUCUGGCCUCACUUUUAUGACGCCAAAGCAACAGAUCCCUGGAUAUCCGUGCGAACGCUUCUCAGAAAUGGAGCCGAUGUAUCGACAUUAGAUAAUACUGGUGCAUCCCCACUUCAUGCAAAAAGGGACUUGGUGGCCUUUGAAGUUCUUCGGAUCCUUACUGACUCUGGUAUGGAUAUAAACGCCCCACGACGUACAGAUGGCGCAACACCAUUGAUGGUAGCGGCUUGUCUGGAUGAUACGGAUCCGAUCAUGUUCAAAGCGCUUAAUGCCGACUUUAACCAGCAAGAUCUAGUGGGGAAUACGGCUUUGUCUUAUUUUCUCAAGGAUUCUAGCAGAUGGAAGCUUCCAGUUGUGGAGGACUGGAUUAGGUCCUCAGAUGUGAAUCUUCAAAAUUCCUUUGGCAGAACUCCGUUUCUCCAAUUUCUCCAUUACUAUAACUCAUGGAAUAGCCCUGUACCACUCUUCAAUCUAAUGACACAGUAUGGGAUGUCUAUCCAUACGCGAGACUUCACAGGGAAGAAUGCGCUACUGACAGUACUCUCGAAAUGGGAACAUAUUUGGGACUACUGCGACCAUAUGUUCCAAAGGUUUUUGGAGCUUGGCUUAGAUCCCCAUGAAGCGGACAACGAAGGAAAAUCCGGCUUGCAUUGGGUUGCUAAACACAAAGAUGGUGGAACGAAGUGGGGCGAUGGCUGUACUAAGAUAUCAAAUAUUCUCGUCCAGGCUGGAGCUAGCCCUCACGCUCUUGACAAAGACGGCAACUCGAUAAUUCACGAACUCAUGCUGCAUGCUGCGGAGUGGGAGACGCUAGAAAUUCGAUGUAAGAACUUGUUAGAUUUGGGGUGCCCCGUGCAGACGAGAAACAACCAAGGUCGAACGGCCCUACACCUGGCAGUCGCCAUUGAAGACUGCGGCUGGGAGGAGGACAGUCACGGGUAUAAAAUUGCUGACAUAUUGACGCGAGUGGAAUUUCUGCUUCAACCUUCAAUCCCAUGCGAUGUGAAUGCCAUGGAUCGGACAGGAAUCACUCCGCUUCAUUUGGCAGCUGCUAUAUCUGACAUGAAUACAACUACAUUGAUCAAGGCUGGGGCUAAAAUGGAUGCCCGCGAUUCCGAAGGGCAUACUCCUCUACAUUUUGCAGCGGAGGCAGGCCAAAGUAACGCCCUUGGCCUUUUGGUCGAGCUUUACGUCGAGAAUUCAAUCAACAUCGAUGGCUUGACCUUGAAAGGGCGAUCGGCUCUGCAUUAUGCUUCUCGAUCUGGCGAGCCCGAAUGUGUCCGUCUAUUAACCCAGGCAGGGGCAAAUGUGGGAAUCAGAGACGAACGAAAUCGAACACCUUUGCAUGCAGCUGCAGAAUUGCACUAUGCGCAAGAGGCUCAAGAGGCUCAAAAGGCUCAACGCAUGUACGAUGCUGCCCCCUCACGCAUGAGAGAGUCCCCGGCAAGAUAUGGGCAACUGGCUUGGCAGGACAUUAUAGAGCGAGGAAGCAGCGUGGUCGCAAAUGAGAGAUCUAAUAGAUCCGUUCGUCAGGUGGUGCAGCUUCUUCUGGCAGCUGGUGCAGAUCCAACCAUUGCUGAUGAAAAUGGGCAUUGGCCCAUAGACGUGGCAACAAUGUUGGGUUGUGCUGAUAUUGUCGACGAACUGAGAAAUUCCACCUCAGCUGAGAGCCCCACUGCCUUUGAUAAACCAGCAGAGCUACUGAUGGCUCUGACUGAAUCUGUUCCAAUGAUGGUAAUGGACAAUGUUUCGCUCCCGGAAAACCAUGUCAAGUUUCUCGAAAGAGUAUUCUCAACUGGAAACGAGCAGCUGAUCGGAAAGGUCCUCACGUCUAAACAAGUGAAAGUGGUCGAAGAGAAGGGCGACUCGGCACUUCAUUUGGUUGCACGGUGGGGCUGGACCUCUGUCAUGACCCAGGUGCUUCCACACGUUGAGGAUAUGCCCAGCCUUCUUCCUUCCCUUCUGAAGCAUGCCACGGAUCGAGACCUAUGCAACAUAUCCAUGAUUGAGUACUUAGCCAGUUUUAUCCCAGAUGUCUUAGAUAAAGAGGCAUUCACAAAUUCAUUGAUCAAAUUGGCCCACGGAUCGCGUUGGUGGCACCCACAUGGUCUCUCCAUCCUUCUUCGUGCCGGGGCGACUCCGAAUGGACCAGAGGACAGAUUUACACACGAUAGACCUCUUCAUUCUGCACUACUUGCUAGGCACACUUGGCAUUGGCGCGACGACACAGCUAGGAUCCUUCUCGAGCAUGGUGCUGAUCCUAACGCUAAUAUUCAACUACACGGAAACUCUCCACUCAACAUUGCUAUUAACGUUAACCGGUCUGUUGAGAUCAUAGAGCUUAUCAUUCAAAAAGGAGGUUCCUUGUCCGCAGGCUCUGAAUCCGGGCCACCAAUCGUCGCCGCAAUCUCCAGCAAGCGCGAUGAUGUCCUGGAGCUCUUUUUGGAGUCUGGCGCUGACCCGAAUGGGACAGACAGUCACAACCCUCUAGUCAGUGCGGCUAACCCGAAGGCAAGCGAAGCAGCUCUGUCGAUUCUUCUUCGAUACGGUGCCAAUCCACUCCAUCCAAUGUACAACAAUGAAUCGACCGCGUUCCAUGAUAUUUGCCGCGCAAACUACUGUAUACAACGUUUUGUUUCUACGGGACUGGAUCUCAAUGCUCGAGACGGAAAAGGCUGCACCCCUUUAUUGAAAGCAUGUAUGAAAUGUCCGGAAAGGGACGAGGGUAAAGUCGUGCUAGCACUUACCAACCUCGAUGUUGAUGUAAACGCCAUCGAUAAGUCUGGAUCAUUAGCACUCCAUCACGCCGUUCGCACAGGGUACCUUUCAGCUGUGCAAGCCCUUCUAGAGCAUGGCGCUGAGACAACACACUGCAACCAUGAAAGCUUCACACCACUACGAUCGGCACUCAAGAAAUAUGCAGACGAAAGCUACAUCGCGGAACUUGAUUGCGGUUCCGGAAACGUGGAUAAUCCCACUGCUACAUACCACGAUAUAGUAACUGCUCUCCUCGAUGCAGGUGCAAAUCCACUAGAGGUAUUCCACAAGGGCAAGACGGCACUCCAUUACGUUGCAGUAUUAGUGAUGGACUACAGCAACAUCGACCGCAAGUACCAGCUCGAGACAGAAAAUGGCGCAGAUCAUUUCACACCUGCCUGGAAUCUAUAUAACAGAUUAUUAAACGCAGGCUGUGACCCAGCGGCACGAAAUGAGAAAGGAGAGACGGCCCUUUUCAGCUUCGUCAAGGCACCGAAGAGUUGGCAUGGAUCGUGGUGCAAUGACAUGCCGGAACGUUACGCUAAUCAAGAGGACUGUGCGAAAAUGGCUGAGUGGCAUGGUCUGCGGGAAGUUGAUAAUGAUGGAAAUACACUUCUACAUGCGAUUGCAUAUCGAGACUGGGACUAUGAGGCUGAUGACUAUGAAGCGAACCUGUUCCAGAUCUUUGUUGAUCUGGGGCUUAGUCCUUGGACGGAGAAUAAGAGCGGACUUACGGCGUUGGAUAUUGCUGCUACACAUGAGAAGGAGGAGAUAUUAGCGUUGUUUGCUCGAGAUGAUUGA